UCGCUUUAAAAUUACAAUCCCUCCAUUGGAAAAGUGGAACAAUGUUUAAGAGAUGAGGCUUUUGUAUAUAUUUCUGGUGGUUUUUAUUUUCAGUUUUUUUAAUGGGACCUGUGGCGAUCGUGGUGAUUUGAAGAAAUUUUGGAAACCCUGUUUUGUCGAAGAUGAAAUAGAAAACACGUGCUCAGAUCCAAGUGACCCUUGUUACGGGAAAUCAGGAAAACAGUUCAAGCUUAUCCGGUUGGAUGGAGUGAAGACAGGUCACGUGCAGUGGUUGGAAGUGGACGAUGAGAGAAAGCCCGUAAAACUCAUUUCUUUAAAAUUUAAUGUCGUCGUAGAGAUUCCCGAGUUCUUGUCAGAGGAAGAGUGCGAUCACAUCAUAUCAUUAGCCAUGGAAAUUGGACUUCAAACAAGUACCUCAGGAUAUUUUACCUACGAUGGAGACUUGGACGAGGAAUUAGCGAUAGCUGACAGUGACUGGACUCUUGCGCCUGAGUAUACAUUCGCUGGGAACUACAGUCUUUGGGACGUAAACGGAGAUGGUUUGAUUGAUGCACAAGAGGUGAAGGCAUUUGCUGGAAAGCACAAACAACUCUAUCUAGAUGAUGAAGAAGUGCAAGAAAUGACUCAACGCCUUCAAAUCAGUAAUGAGCUUAGUGAUGGGAGAAUAACAGAGGAAUUUUUCAACAAGUUGAACAUCAAUAAGAUAAUGCGGUACAUGGAGUUUUUGAAAGACAAGAGUCCACGUCAUAGGUUUCGUUUUAGCCAGCAGGCCUGGUUACGGCAGGACAAAGCCGCUGACCCCGUUCUGAGACGUCUUCAUGAGAGGGUUAUAAGGUUAACCAAGCUUCCAAGGAAAAUAGUUCAAGGGGGCGAGCCUAUGCAGGUUCUCCGGUAUAAGAAGUUUGGCCAUUAUCACGGUCACCUUGAUUCCACCAUAAAAGACCCCACAGUACCUUGCUGUCACCAAAAUCACCUCAGUGCACCUGACUGUAGAGUGUGUAGGUUUAUCACUAUCCUGUAUUAUCUUAACAACGUAGAGGAAGGAGGGGAAACAGCUUUCUUGAUAGCUGAUAACACAACAACCACUCCUGAUGAAAUUGAAAAUUCAAAAUCCGCGACAAAUGAAUUCAAUCUCAGCAUCAAUUGCCAUUCAGCUAACCUGGUUCUACUCCCAAAGAAGGGCACCGCCGUUAUGUGGUACAACAAUUUUAUCGACCCGGAAAGCGGUCUGCUCGGAGAAGUGGACCGUUCCACGUAUCACGGCGGAUGUGACGUCAUCAAGGGAGAAAAAUGGAUCGCCAACAAUUGGCUGACAGCGCCAACUAAAUAUUCAAAACACAUCAAGAGUAUGUUCGAUACAGGAUUCGAUUAAAAAUAGUAAAAAAUCUAUCACUAACUGAGUAUAUCUUCUCGAUAUAAGCUUCUCGUCUUUCUUGGUAAUUCUUUAUCUUAAGAUAAAUAGUUAGGGGACCACUCAUUCUUUAUUGCUUCGGGGCUUGGGAGGAUUUUGGGGAUCACAUGGUAUUGAGGGGGGACGGAAAGAGGAUUUGUCGUCUCUAACAAAGGGGGACUCCAGAAAAUUUACUACACCGAUAAGUGGGGGACAUUAGAUUACUCCAGAACUUCCCAACCACCUCCACCCCACCCCCAUCCUUUAUAAUGAUCGGUCCCUAGAGUGGAAUGAACGCGGAGAUAUCCGAGGAUUAAAGUUUGCACGACAACACAAUUUACAAAUGAAGGGACAACAACGACAACAACAAUAACGUCUUUAUUCUCAUAAAUCAAUUGAAUUAUAAUAUCAUGUCAUUGUUAUUUGUUAUCUUAUUUUAACGUAUUGUUCAUUGAUCAAAAAAUAUUUACUAUUAUUAUCCAUCUACACUCCGUAG